UGUUUGCAUGUGUGUGUCUUUUUCUCUCUCUCUUUUUUUUUUUGAAGUUCCCAACAAAGUUCGAAGCUCAGAAAGGGAACUGUGGCUACUGAUGCAAUGCAAGGUUAGAGGAAGCAUUUAUGCAAAAAGCCUGUUGCUUCGUGCUCAGAGGAGAGGGACCAUAUAUAUUUGAAUCCCUUUCUACUUUCUUUUGACAAAGAUAUACCAAUUUUUUUUUUUUUGGACUGGUGUUAAUUCAUUGUUUUAUUUAACUAUUUAAUUAUUUAUUAGUACUAGUCUUAGUAGGGGGAGGUAUAGGUAAGCAAUACAAAGUGCUUUUCCUGCAGGCUUCAGCAUUGGCUCUCACUCUCUAGGUGGUUCGUGAUUUCAAAAUCUUCAGUGCUUUUCUUGCGACAAUAGUUGUGAAAUAUAAAACCAGCUUUGACCACUGAUUACCUCGAGUAGUGUUUUUCAACGUAUGUGACACAAUACUUGGUCUUCUCGACUAAUGGCCUACCUCAGUAAACAACACAAAAUCAGUGAAAAACUUCAAUUUUGCUAGAAAUUCUGAGGUAAUCUCUGGAUAGACCACUAAUGGUAACUAGCAACUAGGUUUCAACAGCUAUCUCCGCUACAGGCCUACAAGUCAGCUUAACAGUUCUUUAAAAUCAAAUAUGCAUUUAUAUAUAGAUAUUGCUUUGCUUAUUUGUUAAUAUUUAUAUAUGUGGAGGGAAAAAAGUAAAGUAACAGUGCCCAUAAAGCUUUUGUUUUCACUCUUUUUCUUGACUUGUUUUCUCUCUGGGUAGGAAGACGAUGGAGGAGUUUAGGGUAAGACACGAGUUUUCAUCUACGACUAGUGUUUCGUUGGAUUCAAGAUACGUCAAGGCAGCGCGGUGCCUUUUAGAAGAAGUUAUCGACAUGGGUGGUAGAGAGGUUGAUCUUUGCAACGACGUUCUUAUCCAACAACUGUUUCCAGGAAGAAGAAGACCCGGUUUUGGCUUGUCCUCUGAGAUCAAAUCUGAACUUUGUAACUCAGGUUUCAUGUCUUUGCCUGAGAAUCAUGAGCUUCAUAUCAAAAUCACCAAGCUUCUCAGUUUGUUGCAACAGGUAGAUGAGAGGUUUGACAUAUACUGCAAUCAAUUGGAGCAAGUGAUAUCAUCAUUUGAGGAAGUAGCAGGAGAAGGAUCAUCAAAACUAUACACCGGUUUAGCACUUCAAGCCAUGACUCGACAUUUCGGUUCUCUCCAAGAAGCUAUCCUCUCUCAGCUCAACUCUCUUCGUAGGAGAUUCAUCAUCUCUCAAGAUUUUGUUCCCAAGAUCGUGACCUCUGGUUUGUCACAGCUCAGCUUGUUCGAUGGGAACACUCCAUCAUCGCUUCAGCGUCUCGGUUGGGUUCAAGGACCUCAGAGACAUGCUUGGAAACCCAUCAGAGGCUUGCCUGAAACUUCUGUUGCGAUUCUCAGAGCUUGGCUCUUUCACCAUUUCCUGCAUCCUUAUCCGAGUGAUGCAGAGAAGCUGAUGUUGGCGUCUCAGACAGGGCUUUCAAAGAACCAAGUAUCAAACUGGUUCAUAAAUGCUCGAGUUAGACUCUGGAAACCAAUGAUAGAAGAGAUGUACAGGGAAGAGUUUGGAGACUCCUCAGAUGAAUCCAUGCAAAGAGAAGGCAAUGAUGAUUCAAACUGACUUAUUAAAGAACAGAGUCUUGCGCCAUCUAACUCGAUCUUUUGAUGAGUUUGUUAGUCAAUUUUACACCUUCUUUAUGUCUAUCUUAACUCUUCCCAAACACCAGCAUUGUUAUGUAAACUGGACCGAGUUUCUUCGCUUCGUUAGUUUUAGUUCUGGUUGAUAUCU